AUGAAGCGUGGUCUAUCGCCUUCAUCCCCAGAGGACCAUAAAAAGAUCCGGAGUUCCCAAGAAACUUCAGAUGAAAGUGCUCAUCACGAUGAGAGAAUGGCUACAACUUCAAAUAAGAAUCCAGAGAAUCCAUCAUCCAGUAAUAACGCUCCGAAGUCUAUAGCUGAUACAGCAUCCACUGGAAAUCCUUCUUUCCCCGUAAAGUCGCUGACCUCGACACAAGAAAUGAAUCAGUCUCCAGGAUAUGCUUAUGAGCCUCCGAAUGUUGACAAGGCUAACCAUCCCGAUGUUCUUGAGCUGAUUACGGGAGAGAAGUUUUUUGUUCGAGGAGUUUUCGGUAAUGGCGGUUUCUGCACCGUCUUCAGGGCCAGGGAUCAAAAUAAUAUCCAGUACGCCGCAAAACUGAUUGCUGAGAGAAUUCCGGAAUACCCUACAUAUUACGAGUUGCUGGCUCAUGAGAAAAUAUUGCACAAUCCGCACCAAAACUUGAUUUCGUUCGUUGUGAAUGGAAUGUUGGCAGGUCCACCGCCAGGAUUCACAGGCGAAAUCAUCGUGACAGAAGGAGCCAGACAAGAUACCAAUAAGACCUAUUAUCCUUCGUUUUGCAUGGAAAACAUCAGACACAUUGGAAGCCAGAUUGCAAAAGCAAUGGCCCAUUUGGAAAGCCUGAAAAUCUUUCAUCUUGAUCUCAAGGCUGGAAACGUCUUUGUUAAACCCGACAUCCAAUACACACUCGAUGGGGACGAUAUUCAGCCAACUAUUAAUAUGGAUGACACUGGCAUUAAAGUCAUUGACUUGGGAAAUUCGGCGAGCCAUUGGGAGCCUUGGGAGGAGAAGAAAUGGCGCAGCGUACAACCUCCUGCUUUACGGUCGCCAGAAGUGAUGAUGGGCCUUCCCUAUAAUGAAAAGUCUGAUGUGUGGUCGAUGGGAUGCCUGCUCGCUGAAAUGUUUGUUGGACAAUUCAUCUUCUACCCCACAAGUGGCACUACCGAGAAAGAGACUAACCAAAGUCAAUUUGAGCUCACUGCCUCCAGACUGAAACACGCCGUUCCGAUUAGAAUGAUUCAAGAAUCCCAGAGAGGAGGACAUUGUGAGCUCGACUAUAGAUUCUUGAACCAGCGCCCACCAAACAAUAGGGAUCAGUUGAUGAAUAUCAUGAGAGAAGAAGCCGACAUUCCUCUCUACCACCUGUUGCAAUUUAUGCUCAUCAUUGAUCCCAACGAAAGACCGUCAUUUGAGGACGUCGUUCACCACGAUUUCUUCGAAGGCAUCUAA